CUUGUCUCGACCGCGGCCUGUUUAUCAUUCGACCGGUGUAUUGCCGAGCGUGCGUACUAACUCUUUACCUCUCGUGUCAAACAUUAUAAACUGUGUACAAAAUGGUAGCCUUUGCGUUAAACAACCCAGCAGUGCAGUCCUACAUUCUGUAUUCUGCUAUUCUAGCUCUUAAACUGUUAGUCCUGUCGCCGAUGACAGGUGUGACGCGAGUCAUCCGCGGUGUGUUCGCCAAUCCAGAGGAUGCUAAGACAAUUAAGGGAGGCAAAGUGAAGUUCGAUGACCCCGUGGUGGAGAGGAUAAGGAGGGCGCAUCUCAACGACUUGGAGAACAUUCCUGCAUUCUGGGUGCUGGGCGCGCUGUACGUGACUACUGGCCCGGUGGCUGCCUGGGCCACGCUGCUGUUCCGCGCCUACACGCUGGGCAGGAUCCUGCACACCAUCGUGUACGCCGUGGUGCCGCUCCCGCAGCCGGCGCGAGCUAUCGCCUUCGUUGUCCCCGCCUUCAUCUCAUUCUACAUGGGCCUCCAAGUUAUAUUAUAUUACAUCACUGCAUUUUCCUACAUCCUAUACUCAGCUAUCUUGGCAAUCAAACUUCUGGCUUUAUCCAUCCUGACAGGCACUACCCGAGCCAAGAAGAAUGUGUACGCAAACCCUGAAGACGCUCGUGCGAGGAAGGGGGUAGUGAAGUAUGAUGAUCCAGACGUGGAGCGAGUUCGUCGCGCGCACCUCAACGAUUUGGAGAACAUUCCCGUGUUCUGGGUGCUGGGCGCGCUGUACCUGACCACGGCGCCCUCUGCCUGGCUCGCCACCACACUGUUCCGUGUGUACACUGCCGGCCGAAUCUUACACACCCUGGUCUACGCCGUCAAGCCAAUGCCACCACCAAGUCGAGGCAUCGGCUUCGGUAUCCCUUACUUCAUCACAAUCUUCAUGGGAGUCAAAGUAGUGCUACACUACAUCAGUGCGCUGUGAUUUGUGAACUUUAAGUUAUUUGUGAUAUCUCACUGAAGCUGUGCAAUUAGGUAAUAAAUGUAAUAUGAUAAUGUUUGAUACAAUAAUUAUAAUUGAAUUCUUUUUUAUAUUCUUGUAUUUAUUAUCAAUCAUAAUCAUAAAUUUCAUAAGAAUAACAAUGUAACAGUGGGCCAAGUGAACUAUUAUAAACAACGUACAACCAGGUUUCUUUUUCAAUCAUUUUCAUAGCUUCAACGCAGAUAGUGCUACACAAAAAACAAAUAAAUAUACAUACGUUUACGAUUUUAAAGAACUCUCGAAAACACGUUCCGAACAAGUGAAGAGUUUAUUAAAAAAACAUAGAUAAAAGAGUCAUAUUUGGAAUCCAUUGAAUGAGCUUCUGUUAUAGGAUGUUUGUCGAUUAAUAUGCAAAUAUGUAAAUACCUUUGCUAAACGUUGUUUUAAUAUACCAACAGUCAACACAGAAUGUUACCCACUGGAUACAGCUUCUGAUAUUAACAUAUCAUCACUCUUGUUAUAUCCAAAAAGUGUAGGCAGAUACUUAAAAUACAUGGACUUUUUGCCAUUUACUUUAUUGAUAAAUAAACAACAGGUCGUAAUGUUGGGUUGAAUGCCUAGGUACUAUGCAUUACUAUUAAACUAGGAAAAUAUUUUAAUGAUAAGUUAUCCUGUUCGUAACGAAUAAUCCAGUCAAUGUUCGAUUGUUAUUCUUAUGUGUGACAUACAGCGAUACUCAUAGCGAUAGUAGUAAGUGUUCUUCAUGUCUCAGAGAAAAGUGAGAAAACGAUAGUAUUUUCAUGUAUUAUUUGUAUAAAAAAUAAUUUAAAUUCACCUUAUCCUUGACAAUACACUAUAAUAUGGUUAAUGUCGAAGGUCGACAAGACAAGUAAGUUAAAAAAAAAGCGUAGUCACAGAUGCUUCUGCUACGAACGAGUCAGUGUACUCAGGUUGACAACACCAACGCCCACUAUCGGUUGAUGAAAUACUGUAGCGAACGAUAACAAGCGAAGUGUUGUAUCACAGUGAACAAGCGACUCGGUCAGUGUGACCGUUAUAUCCCAGCGCGCCGCUACACUCCGUCGGCUGCGAAUUUAAUAAUCGAGCACCUAGCUACAGUAGUGUUUUAGUGAAACAUGGCUUCGAUAUCAUUGGAUGAUCCAGCGGUACAGUCGUACCUGCUGUAUUCCAGCGUCUUGGGCCUCAAAGUUCUGAGCAUGGCUUUCCUGACAGCCAGAGUGCGAUACGCCAAGAAUGUGUUUGCUAACCCAGAGGACGCCGCGGCGAAAAAGGAAAAGUGAAGUACGACGACCCCGACGUGGAGCGAGUUCGUCGCGCGCACCUCAACGAUUUGGAGAACAUUCCCGUGUUCUGGGUGCUGGGCGCGCUGUACCUGACCACGGCGCCCUCUGCCUGGCUCGCCACCACACUGUUCCGUGUGUACACUGCCGGCCGAGUGAUACACACGCUGGUGUACGCUGUCAAGCCGCUGCCUCAGCCAGCGCGUGGCAUCGCCUUCGGCAUUCCUCUCAUGAUCACAUUCUACAUGGGAGUCAAAGUAAUUAUGCACUACUCCAGUGCGCUGUGAUUUCUUAAUAAGAAUAUAUUGGACUGUAUUAGACGCGUGAUCAAUAAAAAAGUUGUGUGUACUCAAUCUACUCAUAACUUGGAGUUGUAUACUAAUGUUUGUUAGAUAAUACAAGUAUGUAUAAUCUUAUCUAAUCGUAUACUGUCGUGGUAGGCAACUGUAUACCGGCAAGUAGUACAUAUGACUGUUGUUUUUUAUACAAAUGUUUAAUAAAGAACGUUUUGCCCUAUA